AUGUCGGCACAGAAUUCAGCGGGGAUCCAGACUCUACUUGAUGCUGAGAGAGAAGCUCAGAAGAUUGUCCAGAGAGCUAGAGAAUACCGCACAAAGCGUGUAAAGGAGGCAAGAGAUGAGGCCAAGAAGGAGAUCGAAGCAUACAGGAAAUCUAAGGAUGAGGAGUUCAAGGAGUUUGAGGCGGAACACACCAGUGGCAACAAGAAGGCCGAGGAAGAUGCGAAUAAGGAUGCUGAGACUAAGAUGAAGGAGAUCAAGGAAGCUGGCAAGACGGGACAAGACAAGGUUGUCAAGGAUCUACUGAAGGCCGUUUUUGAGAUCACACCUGUCGUUCCAGAACGUAUUGAGAAGCCGAAAUAA